AUGUUCUCGGACUCGGUCUUUUGUCGGAUGCGGCUUUGCACCGACACCGAACUGAGACUGGAGGCUUGCGAAAAGACUGUAGUUCACGUAUAUAACUUUAUACCGCCUGGCUGGGGAGUAAAAGCGGAGUCAUAUACCCUUCGACGGUGUUUCUUCUCGAAGAAACAAACAAUGGUUAUUUAUGUUUACAGAGACAAAUUUAGCAUGGCAGAGCUCCACGAAGCCCUCUCGUACCUGAAGCCCACACCCUGGGCCGAAGUCCCUAGGGCCUCUUCUUCGACGGAGUUGCACAAAUACGCCCGAGAAAUACUCAACAAGGCGAGACUUAUCGUCGAAACCGUUCCCGAACAAAACCCUUCGAGUGCGUCGCUCAGUGAUAUCGGCACCAGCGCGGCGUCGAUCACGAAAAAGCCCAAGUCUAGUACCAAUGAAAUCCAUGGCAAUGGCAACGGUAAUGGCAGUCUAUUACUGUUAUCCCAAUCGCGGCUUGACUCGCUACGGAAAGAAUGGGGCAAGCCCUUAAAAAUGAACAACGCCAAGGAGAAUCCAUUGAAUGUUCCCGUCUACAAGCUCGGCGGCAAGGAUGGGAAAGGCGCAUGGUUUGCGCGCCGGAGCGUCCAUAAGGGCCUCCCGUUUAGUAGGUGGAAGGGCAAGAUGCAGGCUGAAAUGGAGGAGAGUCUGAGGGCUCGACAGGAGGAAAUUAGGCAAGGUCGGACACCGGAGAUGUCGAUUCGAGGAAUUGGGGGGGAUAGGAAGUUGGAGAAGAUUGAUAUUCGGGGACAGUCGCAAGCGGGUAAUCAUGACAUAAAGAUGCUGAGUGAUGAAACUAACGACGAUCCUCCUUUACCACCUACGUAUAUAAUUGUGUCCAAACCGUGCGAACAUCCCAACGCACCGCCGCAGGACAAUUAUAUUCGCGGCCAGUACGAGUCUGUCGAGCUGAUCAGGGAAUUACCAAUAGAGAAGAGCACAAAACAAAAGCCAACAACAUCUAUGCUAACCACUGGGGACGAAGAGGUCGAUGAAGAUGCCCCUAAUCCGGUAGAAUGGAUCAUGAUUACCAGAAGUGACCCUGGAGGCAGCGUCCCGAAGUGGUUGGUUGAGCGCGGCACACCCAAAAGUAUUACUGGGGAUACUGUCAAAUUCCUGAAUUGGGCUUCAAAGCCAGACUUGCUGGGAGAGGGAGCGGACACGGCCGAUAUUGGCGAAUUGACCGAAAUGACUGAGAGUGCGGGCAAUAACCGGCGAUUGUCAAGACUGUCAAGACUGUCAAGCAAAGAUGGGAUAAUCGUGGCAGAUCAGCAGCCUGAUGCUGUGGACACCGGCAUCAAGGGUGCUAAACAUUUAGAUCAGUCUCUGGACGGAGUGGAAGACGAUGGCAAUAAUGUUGAGGAUGAGCAGCAAGAAAAUAGCAAUAUAUGGUCCAAUGUGACUAAGAUGGUGCAUACAGGACUGCAUGAAUAUGCUCCAAAAGCAGUGCUAAAUUACAUACCUGGUUCUUUGAGUCCGUCCCAGGACUGGGGCAAAGAAGACAACUCAGACAACAUAGGGGUCUCGACGAAGGAAUCGAAAAGCGAACCCGACGAUGAUGAAUUUGGAGAAGCAGAAGAGACGAGAAAACUACAAAUAGAUGAGGCAAACGAUACGUCCUCACUGGCUAGUGACGAUAGCUUCACUAGUGCUGAUUCCCAUGUCUCUUCCUCCGCCUCAACACCUCAAGUAUAUGAUGGCCAGGAUCAAUCUCAGUCCGCUAGUGCAAUGGCUUCGGAAGCUGCUCUCGGGGUGACACCAGCCUUGAAUGACGCUACUGGUGGAACCAAGAGGAAACUAUCAAGCAAAGAGAAGGAAUUAGCCAAGUUGAAUGCCCGUAAGAAUGAGGCUCAGGUCAAGCUAGCGAGCGUCCGAUCUGAAAUUUGCGAACUGGGAGGGCUCACAGCAAGCAAUGGCAAAAAUGAUCUGGACAUCAUUCACCGAAGUGGCGAACCUUUCAAUAACAACAACCUCAAAAAUGAAGGAAAAGAAAAAAGUAGUACUAGUGUCAACAAUGCGAACGCCAACGCCACCUUCUCCGCAGCCACACAACAAGCAAUAGCAGCACAAAAUCAGAAACGAACAGAAUCCCUUUUACGGACCGAGUCUAAGCUGAUAUCGCGCCUGAACAAGAUAGAAGCGCGUCAGACCAAAGCUAACAAAAAACUCGAAGCACAUCAACGCAAAGCCGCAGGACGAGCAGAGAAGUCGCGCUCGCGAUCUGAAAUGGACAGUUUGCGUAAGGAGAAUGCUUCUCUGCGACAAGAGAUGCGUGAGCUCCGAGAGGAGCGCGAAAAGUGGCUUGAUAUCGUGGGUAGGAUGCAGAAGGAGAAUUCUAGGCUCAUUGCAGAGGCACGGAAAAGUGCUGGCAAAGAGGGGGGUUAUGGUACUGAUUGA